UUGAGUGCUUGCUUACACGUCAAAUGACUGAGAUUUCUAUAAAAUGUACAAUAUUUAUUGUUAAAUAGGAUAUUUAGUGUGCUCCAUGUGUAAAUAAGUACAAAGAAACAAUUUCAAAAAUCUUUAAUGUGCAAACGAAGUGCAUAAACAUUCCUUAUUAAUAGCAAUAAAUUAAACUAAGCUUAUCAAUAAAAUGGGUGGUCUAUUUAGUUACUUUAGAGGAUUGCUGGGUGCAAGGGAAAUGCGGAUUUUGAUACUUGGAUUGGACGGUGCCGGAAAGACGACAAUUCUUUAUAAAUUACAAGUCGGUGAGGUCGUGACCACUAUACCGACGAUUGGGUUCAACGUAGAACAAGUCACAUAUAAAAAUCUCAAGUUCCAAGUGUGGGAUCUUGGGGGACAGACCAGUAUUAGGCCUUAUUGGCGAUGUUACUAUGGCAACACAGAUGCAAUAAUAUAUGUUGUAGAUUCAGCUGACAGGGAUCGAAUAGGAAUAUCUAAAGAUGAACUUGUGCAUAUGUUAAGGGAAGAAGAAUUAGCGAACGCGAUACUCGUUGUUUUAGCCAACAAACAGGACAUGGCCGGAUGUCUGACAGUAGCCGAGGUACACCAGGCCCUGGGCUUGGACGCCUUGCGCGAUAGAACCUUCCAGAUCUUUAAGACUUCAGCCGUCAGAGGCGAGGGGCUAGAUCAGGCGAUGGACUGGCUCUCGAACGCGCUUCAAGCUAGGAAAUAACGUAUACAGUUGGGUUUUAUAUGAAGAGAGACAGAGACGGCAUCACCGUGAAACGAACCUGUGUGAUAAGGACAGAUAUAAGAAGAUAGUCGUAGUCAUCUGUAACGCCAUUAGUAUAUAGUGCACCACGUCGUCGCCAAAACUAUCCAUGUUGCUGUUGAUUUGUACAUUAUGAAUCAGCCAGAGAAAAUUUCUUUCGUGAUAAAAUUCACAGCAAACCGAAUCGUAACUUGUACUUAAAAAGAAACAUUUCGUUUACUGGCAAGACUAUUUAAAAGCGUUGUCGUUAGACUUUGACGACAACCUAAAGCACGACGUUGCGUGAAUUUAUUUAUUUACUGUUGAAGCUUAACAUGAAAGUUAAAAUGUAAGCGUUGGUAAUACAAAUUAAAGAACAAAAACCUUUGACAUUGCUUCUCGGGCCCUUCCAAAAGUUUAAGUGAAGUUCAGUAGAAACACAGUCUUGAUUUUAUAUAAAUACAUCUUGUCUAGUUACAUCAGAUUAUAGUACAGUUCUCGUUUAAAGAAAUAAAUAAAUAUAUGUAGUAUUUUUAACUGUCUGUUUAUUAGUUUGUUUUAAUAAAGCCAAAUAUCGUUCUUUUGGUUCCGGUUCCUUGUGCCUGAAGUGUUUUUUGACAGAUGAGUGAUCGCUACAGUUAACUGUCAGUUGUCAUGCGAAGAACCCGACUAAAUAAUUUUUCUAAAAAUAUCAAUGACACCGUCUAUCGAGGACGUAAUAGCCUGCAGGUUGACCAACUAUUGCUCAGCGUUUUCCCAGUAAUACAUAUGUCGUAAUGCAUCUUUUUAUAUCUGUUUUUAAAUUAUUAUUUUUCCG